AUGAAUAUCGACAAUAGAGACAUCGAUGAUAUUGUUAAACAUUUACUUCAGUUUGUUUUGCGUGGAUUUUAUUCAAUUCAGUUUGUUUUGCUAAUAGAUGCAAUUUUAUUUCAUAGUGUUUUAUGCGAAGAAGAUUUAGCUCAUUUAUUAGGGAUCAAGAGGCCAGAGGUCAGAGCUUUAUGUACCAAAUUAAUUGAAGAUAGAAUGUUAUCUUCCUAUUCUCAACCAGAAUACCAACAGGGAAGUAGAAGUGUUAGAAGAUACUACUAUUUUAUUAAAUUCCCUGAAGCAGUCGAUGCCAUCAAAUGGAAAGUUCAUAGAAUUGUUAGUGCGCUUAAAGAAGAUUUGGAGAAAAAUUCACAUCCUCAAGGUUAUGUUUGCCCAGUUUGUUUAACUAAAUAUUCCCAAAUUGAAGCUGUUGCAUUGUUGAAUUACGAUAGAACUCAGUUUUUAUGUAGCUUGUGUGAAGAGCCAUUAAUUGAAGAUGAUUCUGGGAAAAAAACCAAAGAAAAACAGAUCAAAUUAACCAGAUUAAUGGCUCAAGUGGAGCCAAUUAUUAAUUAUUUGAAAAAAAUUGAUGAUGUUAGAAUUGAGGAGAACUCCUUUGAUUUGUCCCUAACCAAGCUAAUUCCACCUCAGAAUAACAGCGUAGCUGCUUAUACCGUUAACCCUAAGCACAGAAGAAGGCAAGAAAUGGCUAUUGCGCUUGCCGGCGGCACUCCUAUCCAACCGGUCCCGGGUUCUGCUGCUGCUAUGCUUGCUGCUUCUCAGGGUUCAAAUGUUAUAUCAACUAGUGUUAACGGUGUUUUAAGUAAUGCUAGCAGUAGACGUGCUGGUAUUAAAUCGCAAGCUACAUUACAUGUUAAUAUUACCACAGCUAGCGAUGAACAAGCUCAAAGAGAGUUGCAAGAACGUAAAGCCGAAGAAAAAAGAAUACAAAAUGCAUUGCCCACUUGGCAUGAACAAAGUACUAUUGGUGAGACAUUAGGGUUAUUUGGUGCAGAAGAUGAAGAUGACGUUGAUCGUCUGAAAAGAUUAAAUGGUAAUGCCGCUACUUAUGGUAAUUAUGAUGGUUACAAUAAUGGUGGUAAUAAUAAUGAUGCGUCAUAUUCAAGAGAAGAAAUUGAACAAAGGGAAGCAGAAAAGGCAUUAGCUGAGUAUUAUGCUAACUUGGCUAAAAAAAGACAACAAGAAGAUGAAGACGAGGAUGAUGAUAUCAACGAUGAAGAUAUGGAUGAAGAGGUUGAUUCUGAUGAAGUUGAGGAUGCUGAUGGGUUUGAAGAUGUGGAAAAUAAUAACAAUGAGGGGGAUGAGACCAAGAAGCUCAAAAAUAAAGAAAGUACUGAUGACAAUACAGAUGGUACGAAAGAUCAGAAUUUGACUAAGGAAAAUUCCUUAAAAAAAGAAGAACAAGAGAGUGAAGAAGACGAAGAGAUGGAUGGUGAAUUUGAAGAUGUUUAG